AUGGAUGAAUACAAGAAGACAGUCGCUUUUGGCCUGGUGCAGAUUGACGGAAACAUGGCUGAAACAGAAGGACAGUCUAAAGAAAAACAAGGCUCUUCCCCGGUUCCGGAGAGAAAUAGAUUAGAUUCUCCGGGGAAGACCAAAUGGCAGGUGUUUGCAUUCGGGUUUGGGUCAAGUAAGUUUCCAAAAAAGAUGGAGUUAAGUGAUAUCAAAAGUAGGCAACAGACUUCCACAACCAUAGCUGAUGGAGGAGAGGAUGGAAGUGAUCGCCGGAAGAAGCGGUGGUGGAGAUUGAUUGAUGUUUUCAGAUGUGGUGGCGGAUACGACGGAGACACGGUUGUAAACGACUGGCGGGCCUCCUUUCCCACGCUUAAAAAAUUUGACUAG